AUAUGAGGGGGCAGCAGAAGAGGAAAAAGAGAGGAAGCAGUGAAAGUAACAGGACUUUAAAGAGAGGAAGGGAGGUGGGGGCGGGACGAGACGAGGGCAAGGGAUGGAUCAAGUGCACGAGCCACGACUCCUUUUUUUAAUGUGCUCUCCACCCGGUCCUUCUUCCCAGUCCGAGACCCUCAUUACUUCCGCAUCGCCAUCGACAUUAUUUAUCAUUGGCCUCAUCAUGACCGGCUCCAUUAUUUGUAGCAGAGUUGCAAGUUAAUGAGUGCCAUAUUGACCCCAAUCCCAUCGCCAUUUCUUCUCCCUUCUUUCGCUCGCCCUCUCUAUAUCCACCACCACCGCCACCGCCACCCCCCCUAACUAGGAAAAGAACAAGAUUAAGAGCUCCGAGGACCAUCGUCCUUCGUUGCUCCCCUUCCCUUUGGCGAUGGUUCCGGAGUGGGAGAUGGCAACGGGGGUGGAUUUUGGGAUGGGAAUGGAAUUUGGAUCCGGAGCUCGUUAUUCUACCACAGCACCUGUUGUCGCGCCGCUUACUCCUACCACUAGCGCUACUGCCACUACGCCUGCCUACCUCUACGGGGCUCUUCCGCCCACCGCCGACGCCAGUCUCCGCGUCGAUGACCUCCUCGACUUCUCCGACCACGAUCUCUACGCUUCUGUUGGCGUCGACGCUCAAUUCUACGCCACCACGACGACCGUGCCCGGAAGCGGUCCGCCGUCGGGACAGACGUUCUCCGGUCGCCAAUCUCAGCACACCACCUUCGACCUUUACGUUCCUGUGAGGCAACCACCGGAGCUCCGACAAUGCGAGGACGCGGCCGAGCUCGAGUGGCUGUCCAAGUUUGUGGAGGAGUCCUUCUCGGACGUGCCUUCUUAUCAGUCCGGGGCGGCCGUAAUUGCGCCCUCGUGUGAGGCGCAGCUCCGGGCGGAGCAGUCGGCCAACGGCCGCGGAGCUCGGGGCAAGCGCUCGAGGGCGACCAUCGGUGCCGUUUCGGCCGCCGCAUGGUCCUCAUUGGUGACGCCACCGCAUCCACCGGCGCAGAACUCGCCUUCGUCUUCGUCCUCGUCGUCGUCCUCCGAGUUCUCUCCGUCGAGGCCGAAGGCGGGCGGUGCCGACAACGGAAACAGGGGCAGCAGAGGGAAGAAGGGUGGAGGAGGCGUGGGGUUGGAAGGCGGGGUGCGGCGCUGCACGCACUGCGCGUCGGAGAAGACGCCGCAGUGGCGGACGGGGCCGCUGGGGCCGAAGACGCUGUGCAACGCGUGCGGCGUGAGGUUCAAGUCGGGUCGGCUCGUGCCAGAGUACCGGCCGGCAGCGAGCCCCACCUUCGUGCUCACGCAGCACUCCAACUCCCACCGCAAGGUCAUGGAGCUCCGCCGCCAGAAGGAGCUGCUGCUCCUCCGCCACCAGGAGAACGACCCCUCCUCCGCACGGCCGGAUCUGCUGUUCAGCGACUAUGGGGUUUGCUGAGCUGAAGCCAGGCCCCGAAGCUGCCCACGGCCGCCCGCCGGCCGGGCGGUCGUUCUCCCACCACCGCAUUAUGGUUCCCUUGUUUCUAAAUUUGUGCCCCCCAACAAAUUCUUGGGUUUCUGUUGUGAAAGGGUCUUCCCGAAUCGGACGGUUGAGAUCUCAUCGAACGGUCUAUCUAGAUAAGAGAUAGGAGUAAAAUAAACAAAUGAAAUGAUGGAAUAGGGGAUGGGAAAGCACGUGACUUGCCGCUGCAAGUGAAGUGAAAAGAAAUAAAUAUCUCGGUCACGUGAUGACAACGGGGCGACGGUGAGGAGACGAGCAGUUGUUCCUCUCCCACCUCAUGCAUGUUUCCCCGGCUAAUGACAUGCAAAUCCUAUCCUUGCGUUCGGUCAAUCAUGGAGAUGCUUUCUGCCUGACAUAACGAUUGGGGAGGGAGGGAGGGAGGAAGAAGGUAAGAAGAGGAGUGUCAUUUACACUGUUCAUCCCUUCGUUAAUCCUCAAUCCUCUUGUGCACGCCGACAUGUUUAUACGUAUAAGGUUUUCGUAAUUCUAUAAUAGAAAUAUUAGACAAAAAUAAAGUGGUCAAUCCUGUUGAGU